CCUCUCUAAUGACGGCAUCGUGAUUGCGACGCGCGGCUGUAACGCGAGCAUCGAUUCCCGACCGCUAUCCCGGGUACACGGAGCCGCGGUCCGCUUAUAAGAAGUCCGGAAAGGCCGAGAAACCCUGUUCGUGACCAUACCGUUUUACUUCUGUCUGCCCCAUCGGUUUGGUUCGAGACAAGCGAACCACAGAUCAACCGCCAUGGCCAAGCUUACCCUAAUCCUCGCCUUCGGUCUGGUCGUCAUGGUCGGACUUACCGUGACUGAAACUAAAGCCUGGUCGCUCUUCGCCCGCAACGAGGAAGCGAACGCCGAGAACUCCAACGCCGACAGGUCGGAAAACUCGAAUGCCGAGAACUCCAACGCUGACAGGUCGGAAAACGCGAAUGCCGAGAACUCCAACGCUGACAGAUCGGAAUACUCGAAUGCCGAGAACUCCAACGCCGACAGGUCGGAAAACGCGAAUGCCGAGAACUUCAACGCUGACAGGUCGGAAAACUCGAAUGCCGAGAACUCCAACGCUGACAGGUCAGAAAACUCAAAUGCCGAGAACUCCAACGCCGACAGGUCGGAAAACUCCAAUGCCGAGAACUCCAACGCCGACAGGUCGGAAAACUCGAACGCCGAGAACUCCAACGCUGACAGGUCAGAAAACUCAAAUGCCGAGAACUCCAACGCUGACAGGUCGGAAAACGCGAAUGCCGAGAACUCCAACGCUGACAGGUCGGAGAACUCGAAUGCCGAGAACUCCAACGCCGACAGGUCGGAAAACGCGAAUGCUGAGAACUCCAACGCUGACAGGUCAGAAAACUCCAAUGCCGAGAAUUCCAACGCCGACUGAGUGCCACGUCCUAAGUUUAGCCACAAAAAGAAGACUAUGUCAGCAUGACUUUCACUCAAAGUUAGUUCAUCUUAAAGUACAAGAACCACGGGG